GGCAUUUGGCUCAAAAGAGUGCUCAACAGUUUAAAGAUUUCUUGUGAAAAACAAAUUCAUCUUUACUGUGAUAAUGAAGCUGCUAUUAGCAUUGUGAAAAAUCCCGUGCAUCACGAUCGCACAAAGCAUAUCGAGAUAGACAAGUGCUUCAUCAGUGAGAAGAUUGAUAAUGAGGAUAUUAAGCUGCAUCAUGUUUCUUCUCGGAUGCAAAUAGCUGACAUUUUAACUAAAGCUCUUCCUUCUCCUUUGUUCAAAAACUUAUAUUGCAAGCUAAAUCUACUUAAUGUAUAUAGUUUAGCUUGAGGGGGAGUGUUGAAGUCGAGGAUAUAAUUCCUAGACUGUAGGAGGUUGUUAUUUAAUCCUUACUAUACUUUCUCGUACUAGUUAAGGUUUAGAGUUAUCUAGAUCCUUAUUUUUAGGGGUUGUUAGUUGUUAGCACUUGUAUAUAUAUUAGACUACGAUCAAUGAAAUAAAUUAGAUCGGUGUAUUCUCUUUUCC